AUCAUAGCGCGACGCUUCUCAGCGCUCCUUGUUUUCUACGCAGUUUCGUCGCGAUGUGCAUUUAAUGGAAAUUUCCACUCCUUCUGAACCAUCAUCAGCACCAAAUCAGAUUAAAUUAUCUUAAAUAGCGCUCUUUAAACGGGAUCCGGACACUCUGAGGGGGAAAGAUACUCAAAUUCGCGUGUUUAAAGAGCGCAGUCUGUGUUCGUUCAGCAACACUUUUAGUUUGUGACUCUGCUCUUCUUCAUCAGUGACUCAGUAUAGAGGUUUAAUCGUCGUCAGAAAUCAUCACUAAACUGUCUCUGAUGGAGUAUCACAGUGUGGGCCCUGGAGGGGUGAUUGUCUCGGGUAACAACGUACCUGCGUUUCUGACCAAACUCUGGACGCUGGUGGAGGAUCCGGACACAGACCCGUUAAUCUGCUGGAGUCCUAACGGCACCAGCUUUCAUGUGUUCGACCAAGGAAGGUUUUCCAAAGAGGUUUUGCCGAAAUACUUUAAGCACAACAACAUGGCCAGUUUUGUUCGCCAGCUCAAUAUGUAUGGUUUUCGGAAAGUUGUCCACAUCGAACAGGGAGGGCUGGUAAAACCGGAGAAAGACGACACAGAAUUCCAGCAUCCGUAUUUCAUCCGCGGACAGGAGAAUCUGCUGGAGAAUAUCAAGAGGAAGGUAACAACGGUGUCGAAUAUUAAACACGAGGACAUCAAGUACAACUCUGACGACGUGUCUAAAAUGAUCACAGAUGUCCAGCUCAUGAAGGGCAAGCAGGAGUCGAUGGACUCCAAAAUCAGCACCCUCAAACAUGAGAAUGAGGCGCUCUGGAGGGAAGUUGCCACUCUGAGACAGAAACACUCUCAACAGCAGAAAGUCGUCAAUAAGCUCAUUCAGUUCCUGAUCACUCUUGCGCGGUCCAACAGAGUCCUGGCAGUGAAACGAAAGAUGCCCCUGAUGUUGAACGAUGGCAGCUCCACACACUCUCUGCCCAAAUACUCUCGGCAGUACUCGCUCGAGUCGUCUCCUGCCAUCUCUCCCUCCAGCACAGCUUUCACAGGAACGGGUGUUUACACCUCAGAAUCGCCUGUGAAGACCGGGCCAAUCAUCUCUGACAUCACUGAACUGGCGCAGUCCAACCCUGUGGCCACGGAGGAGUGGAUUGAAGAUAGAACAAGCCCAUUGGUCCAUAUCAAGGAGGAGCCGUCUAGCCCCGCCCACAGUCCUGAGGUGGAGGAGGUGUGUCCUGUGGAAGUGGAAGUGGGGGCGGGAUUGGGUGUACCUGUGGACACGCCCCUUUCCCCCACAACCUUCAUCAAUUCCAUCCUUCAGGAGAACGAGCCCAUCAGCGCCCCGACCCCGCCUCCCAGCGAGCAGAAGUGUUUGAGUGUGGCCUGCUUCGACAAUUAUCCUCAGAUGUCUGAGAUCUCUCGCCUUUUCUCCAGCUUCUCCACCUCAGCUCUCCACCUCAGGCCUCCUCCCGGGACAGAACUGAGUGAUCACCUAGAGACCAUUGACUAUGGAUUAGAGAACCUUCAGCAGAUCCUCAAUGCGCAGUCCAUCAACUUUGACACCUCGCCUCUCUUUGACAUUUUCACAUCAUCUUCUGCUGAUGUGGAUCUGGACAGCCUGGCUUGUAUCCAGGAUCUUCUGUCACCUGAACCAGUGAAAGAACCCGAAUCUAGUGCAGACACUGAAAAUUCAGGCAAGCAACUGGUCCAGUACACAGCUCAGCCCGUGAUUCUUCCCGACCCGGUCACGACUGAGACCUGCGACACCGACCUCCCCAUCCUUCUGGAGCUGGAGGACGACUCGUAUUUCGGCUCCGAACCAUCCGAAGACCCCACCAUCUCCCUUCUCGACUUCCAGUCCUCCGUACCUGAAGACCCCAAACUAUCAUAGAGAGAGAUGCUUUUAUAAAGGGAUUUAUGUCUGUGUGGGUUUUUUAAAUUUGAUUCUCUACAUUUUAUUUUUUUGGUCUUUUAUUUAACACGUCAGGGCUAGC